AUGACGCUGUUGUACAUAAGGGGAAUAACCCCCUACCAACCAGGUGACAACGGUACCGAUGUGAUAAUCAACGAAGUGCACUUCAACCGAACCGCGCUAGUCACCUACAACUACAGGCUCUACACCAACGGGACACUGUCCAAUGGCACGAACUGCUUCCUAGCCUUCCAGCGAUUCAGGCCUCAUAUGUUCGCUGAGAAUGGCACGUUCAUCAAUGGAACAUCGUGCUACGCGCCUAUCAACGAUAUCGGCCAACAUGCGUCUCUCGGCCUAGCAUAUGCCCUGAUGUUCGUCAUCACUAUCUUCCUCAGUCUCCUCAACCUCCGCAAGCACGGCCGGAGUUACCUACCGCACGACCGUCGCUGGAACAUCGUAAGCCGACGACUUAAAUGGUGCUGGCUCAUAUUCGUCGCUGUCUGUGGCGCCAUCAGUUGCUUCAUGAGCAUCGACGUCGAUAGAAACUACCUCCAAAGCACACCCUUGAUCCUCCAAAGCGUAUUCUACACUCUCCUAACCCCGGGUCUAAUGGCCGCAGUCUGGGAAGCCGUCCGGCACUGGGCAAGCUGGCAAGCCCGCCAAAUCCACGACCGCGACCCUUAUGCCUUCACCAAAACCAGCACACGCAGCCGGGAGGAAACCCUCCUUGCUAUCCUCUUCUACAUCCUCGCCCUCCUAAACUUCAUCCUCACUGUCCCCCGCAGCUGGUCCGCCAUCGAGCUCCAACGCAGUGAAGAGCAACAGACCCUCAACGCCCGCCCAGUGGCAACAGACACCCGCUGGCGCGCAGCAGGCUUCAUAGCCCUUGUUGGUAUGCUGGUAAUAACCUACAGCCUCGAACACAGCAUCUACCGAUACAAGCCCCGCCCAUCAAGCACGGUCGGUCAAAUCCUCUUCUACCUAAGCGCCGCACCCUCUCAAUUCCUCCUCGCCAUCGCCAUCCUAGGAAUCAAAAUCGGUUACGCCAUCGCCUCAGCCUUCGAUUGGACCGUCUCGCCGCUGAAAUACGAUGUCCAGUCCGCCUGGAUCUAUGGCCUAGGCUAUACCCCCGCCCUACUCAUCAUUCUUCUCUUCAAUAUCUGCGGCUGCUGCGAACUAAACGAAGACAAAGCACUUAUCGCACAACGCGGUGAGCUAGAAUCUGCAAUAGCCAGCGACGUAGGUAUCGGACAGAAAAACCCACCGUGGUGGAAGAAGCAGCGGCUGCGUUCGUUCGCGAGGGAGAUUACAGGCCGGGGAUCCCCGAUCGACAGAGAUAGGGAGGAUAUGGUCCGGUACGUUGAGAUGGGGAUCAUCAAACCGCAGGAGCAGAGCGGGGAUAACGUCGUGGGUGUCUCAGAGGUGAACAAGGAGGAACCCCGCGUUGCGACGCGGCAGGCGACGAGUACUAGUUUUGAGGAUGAUGGGUCGGAGUCGCCGCUGGAUCAUAUUGAGUAUGCUGUGCAACCAGAGCGGGGGGUUUAA